AUGGCUUCAUUACUUGUACCUGCCGCAUAUUUGGCCGUUCUCGUCGCUGCUCUCCUCGUCUUUGGGCGCAUCUACCGAAAGCGCGUCGCGGCUUCAAGAAGACUAGAGCCGUGGUUUCCUGCACACCACGAGCGAGAUAUCUACGUGUCGCUCCUGCAGUGUGACCCGCCAGCCCAUGACGGCCUCAUCAAAGCCGCCCUCGUCCGACGCGCCGUUGCAGAUGUUCAUCGCAUAUUCCGUCUCCGGUCCAUCGGCGAUGACCUGUGGACCAGCUUUUUGGCCGCCGAAAAGGAACUGGAAGCAGAGAUUCUAGAAGUCGUAACGGAAGCAGAAACUUUCAAGCAAGGGUGGGGAAAUUUAAUCUUCCAAACCGCCGCAGAGAUUGUUCAAAACGAAAAGUUGCGCGAGGGCAUGAACAAAGUCUUCCAUUCCCGACCACAGCUCGAGGCAAAAUACGGCGUGACGAAGCGCAUCAUACCCACCAUUACCAUCAAUCCUCCGCCCCCACAAGCGAAUGGUCCGGCUCCUGCAACACCUACAACAACUGUUUCCGCGAAACAACUGCAGCAGUCAUUCCCCUCACCCACCAACGCGACAUCUUCCGAACCAGUCUCAGACGGCGCAGUUCCCGGCUCUCCUACCGCUUCGGUCACUUCCAAAAAGGCGAAGAAGCGAAAGUAG